AUGAGUCCGAUCCAGAUGGAAGAAGCCAAAAGGCCAGUUGCUGAAAACCAGCCUGUGGACAAGAGACAAAAGCCACAAAAGAAAUACAAGAAAAAGUACAAGGCGAAAGAUGUGGAUCCCACCCUGCCUAUGGGCGUUCUCCAAUUUGAGGUUAAGGAGAUCCUAGCUGAAAUUGGCCUCACCGAGGAGCAUAUCGCCAACGAUCUUAGAGAGAUCUUGAAUGACAGUUCGGUCGAGAAAGUUUACCACAGAGAAGUGAAGGAUGUGGAGAUCCUACGAUUAUCAUCCAAUGGAGAUGGCCUCGCAGUGAUUGACCAUCCAGUCAGAAUCGACGGCAAGCAGAUAGUCAUGGUUCCGUUUGGAUUACCUGGUGACAUUGUGAACAUCAGAGUGUUCAAGUCGCAUCCGUUGUACGUGGAGUCUGACCUUCUUUCCAUAGUGAAGGCAGGUGACAAGAGAGACGAUUCUCUCAUAAACUGCAAGUACUUUGGCAAGUGUUCUGGCUGCCAAUACCAGAAUGUUGACUACGAGACACAGCUCGAGUUCAAGAGAAACACCAUCGCCAACGCAUACAGAUUCUUUGCCCCAGUGCUUUCCAAAAACAGCCAGCUCCCAUCAAUCUCCAACACCCAGCUGUCGCCAAUACAGUACAACUAUAGAACCAAGCUUACGCCGCACUUCAAUGUGCCAAACAAGAAACCUGAAAACUACUACAGACCCAGCAUGGGCUUUGGUGCCAAGGGAAGACCUCAAUGGAGAGAGACUGCUGGCGGUGAGGGAUCCAUUUUGGACAUUGAGGAGUGCUCGAUCGGCACGCCGAUAGUUCUCAAGGGUAUGACCAACGAGAGACGUCGCUUUGAAGAUGAAUACUUGAAGUAUAAGAGAGGUGCCACUGUGCUUCUAAGGGAGAACACCAUCAUGCCUGAUGCAGAAGGCAAGAUUGAGGUCGAUCAGGGUUCCAAAGACACAAACGAUGAGAUUUCUACGGUGGAGGUGGAGGACAAUGGUAAGAAGUUGGUCAAGACAUGCGUCACCGAAUCAAGAGCUAUUGUCAGGGAGUAUGUCAACGGCUUCACUUUCGAGUUUAGUGCCGGUGAGUUUUUCCAAAACAACAACUCCAUUUUGCCCAUUGUGACAAAGUAUGUGGAAGACAACCUACAAAUCCCCAACCUGAAGCCUGAUGAGCCCAACUACUUGGUGGAUGCCUACUGUGGUUCUGGUCUUUUCUCGAUCACCUGUUCUGGUGGUGUUUCUCGUGUUAUUGGUGUCGAGGUCAGCGCUGAUAGUGUCAAGUUCGCCAGAAGAAAUGCCGAAAUCAACAAAGUCCAAAACACUGACUUCAUUGUUGGCAAAGCAGAGCAGAUUUUCGCCAAUAUUGACACACCAGCUGAGCGCACAUCUGUGAUCUUGGACCCACCAAGAAAGGGCUGUGACGAUGUCUUCCUCAACCAGCUCAGCACAUACCACCCUGCAAAGAUCGUCUACAUCAGUUGUAAUGUUCACUCGCAGGCCAGAGACGUGGAGUGGUUCAUCAACAAUACAGAGCACGGCAAGGACUACCAUGUGGAGAGCAUCAAGGGCUUCGACUUUUUCCCGCAAACCCACCACGUGGAGUCUGUCGCCGUUUUAGCACUUAAUUAG